AUGCCUGUGCCCGAUUUAGUUCUCGAUCCAGCCCUUAAACUAUGGGUAUUACUGCCGAUCUCUGUGGUUAUGGUGCUGGUCGGUAUUCUUCGCAGCUACAUUUCUGUCUUACUGCAACCAAAAAUGAAACUCCAGGACUACAAACUCGUCAGAGAACAACAGCAUCUGGCAAGACUACGGACGUACCGACGCAAUUGCUCGGUUUUUUGGGCGAAGCAGGAGCUGCAGAAUAAAAUCGACUUCUUCACCUCGGAAUACUCUGGCACGAAGUAUUGGAAGGAACUGCCUCCAAGCCACCCGAACGAAAUUAAAAACCCAUUGGCAGAUGCCAACUCCUCGGACUUUCUGUUCCAAAUGAUGAAAAAUAAUUUCGCCAACUAUGUGCCCCAGACCUUGAUCAUGUGGUGGGUUAACUACUUCUUCAAGGGAUACGUGGUGAUGCGCUUGCCCUUUAAUCUUACAGGAAAUUUCAAGAGCAUGCUGCAACAAAGUAUAGACACAACUGAUUUGGACGUCACGUACGUCAGUGCCAUAUCCUGGUACUUUGUGAACCUGCUUGGUCUGAAGAGCAUUUACUCUUUGCUUCUCGAUGACGGCGACAUUGUGAAUCAGCUUAUGGCCCAACAGCAGCAGCAACCAAUGGUGCCCCCAAUGGCUGGCGCAGGUCCGUCGGUCGAUAAACAGUUCAAAGCAGAGCUCGAGAAUCUACAGAUCGUGCCCUUCAAGAGCUGCCUUGAUGGCAUUGAAGGUCGUUUUGCUGAGAAAUGGGAAUAA